AUGGUAUCAACAAUGAAUUCAUCAUCAUCAGCAGAUUCAUCACAACCAUCUGCUUUUCAGGUUGCCGCUGUCAAGCUCACAUUGAGUUUGGCACCAGCCAACAUUGGCAAUAUAAUAGGAGGUGCAAGGUCUGCACUCGACAGACUUAUCUUUCGCUACAACACCACUCUAAAGGCUACGAUCAUCUCCUACUCCAACCUACGUCUGGUUCAACACAACAUACCAAACUUCUACGACAGUCCCUUCCUGAGCGUGCCCAUCACAGUCAACAUGAUGGUGUUCAGGCCAAUGAAUGGUCAACUCAUGCAUGGAGUUGUAAAGAGAGUGUCAUCAACACAUUUGUCGCUGUUGGUGUUUGGCGUUGUGUCUGCAUCGAUCAGCAAGGCAGACUUGCCAAAGGGAUUGUACUAUGAUCACAGCUCAAACACCUUUGUUGACAAGUCUGCUGCAGAUGGUGAUAGCAGUAGCCUUAUAUCACUGGGUACCAAGAUAUUGUUUAGAGUUAAAGAUGUAUUGACGGAUAAAAACUAUAUUACAAUCAAUGGACAGAUGACAGACUCUGAUACAUACAUCACUGGUCAUGAGGAGAUCAAGGUCGAGACACCAAAGAAGAAUCAGCAACAGCAACGAGCUGAUGCCAAAAAGAAGACUCCAAAUAAGAACCUCUUCCAAGACUUAAAGGCUGAGAAGGUGGAUGACGACGAGGAGAUGGAGGAGGCAGAGGUCAAGGUGGAGAAGAAGCAGGCUGAGAAGGAUGAGUCGUCAGACGACUCUGAUUCAAUAUCAUCAGAUUCAUUAUCCUCAGAUGAGUCGGAUGACGAAUCAGACAAGGACAAGAAGAACAAGAAAAGCAAGACGAACGAUAAAGCACCAGUCAAGAAGACACCAACAAAGAAGGACGAGUCCUCAGAAUCAGAAUCAUCAGAGUCAGAGUCAGAAGACUCUGAUGACGAGGCCGCAAAGAAGAAGAAGAACAAGAAGAGCAGCAAUGGAGACAGCAAAAAGAACAACAACAAGGAUGACAAGAAGGACGACAAGAAGAAGACAUCAACAAAGAAGAAGGCAGAGUCCUCGGAAUCAGAGUCAUCAGAGUCAUCAGAGUCAGAGUCCGACGCCAAGAAGUCAAAGAAGAGGAAGAGCGUGGACGAGGACAAGUCGGACAAGGUCAAGAAGUCAAAGAAAUAA